GCGCUCAAUGUUACCUUACCUACCUGCCUUCACCAGCUCUUGACUUGGCUUUGGCCAGCCCCAUGUGAGAUGCGGUCUGCAAUGACACCCCAGAUAGCCGAACUCAAAGCGACCUAGGUUCCAAUUGGGAAGGUUGUCGUAUUUGACCUUCCAGAACCUGUCGAAUGCACCGAAAUUAUGUCCAUCUCAGUCGUUAUCGACGGCCCGAGAUGCGCGGCGUUUUGGUCUUGUGCCUGUCUGGAGAUACCCUUGCUCGUUGCGAGUUGAAGAAUCAUCUUGUAUAAAGACUCAACAAUGACCACGAUCAAGAGGAGAGAUUCUCUUUCCAUCCUCAGGUCAUCCUCUCCAUCAUCCAUCCAGACAACCCCUCUCAGGAUCACUUCCUCCGUCAUCUCCUUCUAGCCCAUCAUGCAGAUCAAGUCUUUCCUCCUCGCGGCCGCUGCUGCCCCCGCCGCCCUCGGCGCUGCCGUCAACACCAUCAAGCCCUUCAACUGCGGUACUGAUGCUCCCUCGCGCCAGCACAUCCAGAUGACCAAGGAGCUCGCCGAGAAGGAGGCUGCUAUGGCUGCCGAGGGUAUCAUGACGGCCCAGGCCACCAUCAACGUCAAUGUCUACUUCCACGUUGUUGCCGCCUCCACCGCGCUCAGCGAUGGCUACGUUACCUCCACCAUGAUCAACAACCAGGUCGCCACCCUCAACAAGGCCUACGCCCCGCACAACAUCCAGUUCACCCUCAAGGGCACCGACUACACCAUCAACAGCAACUGGGCCGUCGACGGCUCCGAGCUCGCCAUGAAGAAGGCCUUGAGGAAGGGAACCUACAAGGACCUGAACCUGUACAUCCUCAAGGACCUCGGCGACGCUCUUGGGUAUUGCUACUUCCCGACCUCGGUCACGUCCAAGUCCAACGACUGGUACUACGACGGCUGCUCCAUCCUGUACGACACCUUGCCCGGCGGCUCGCUGACCAACUACAACCUCGGCCACACGUCCACCCACGAGAUCGGCCACUGGUUCGGUCUGUACCAUACCUUCCAGGGCGGAUGCUCGGGCAACGGCGAUUACGUGUCGGAUACCCCUGCCCAGGCGUCGGCGAGCAGUGGAUGCCCGACGGGUAGGGACUCGUGCCCUAGCCAGCCUGGCUUGGAUCCUAUUCACAAUUAUAUGGAUUACUCUUAUGACACCUGCUACGAGGAGUUCACUUCGGGCCAGAGGACCCGCAUGACUUCGUACUGGAACCAGUACCGCGCCAACGCCUCCGUCUAAGCGGCAGACCUGAGGAUGGUCGACGACUCUGCAGCAGUUCGAGACCGCAAUGUUUGUUGUAGGCGAUGGCAGUUCAGAUCUGGUUGUACAUAGUGACUUUUUCUCUCUUCCAUGUGUGUGAUUUUGUCUGGAUCUGCACUUGGAAGAAGGAUUGAACGGAUGAUCAUGGAUGUCUAUAAUGAUGAGAUGAUGAGAGAUGGAUGGAUGAUACCUGGUGGGAUUGAUGGAGAGGAGAGAUACCAAACCGACAGAAUGAAUGAAUCUUGUUCUUGUA